GCCGCGCCCCGCCUCGCCGGCCUCCCGCGCCGGCCCCGCGCCCUCCUCCUCCGCCCGCAGCCGCCGCCCGGCGCCGCCAUGCCCGGGCCGGCCGCCGGCAGCCGCGCGCGGGUGUACGCCGAGGUGAACAGCCUGAGGAGCCGCGAGUACUGGGACUACGAGUCGCACGUCCCGAGCUGGGGCAAUCAGGACGAUUACCAGCUGGUCCGCAAGCUUGGGCGAGGGAAGUACAGUGAGGUCUUCGAGGCCAUCAACAUAACUAACAACGAGAGGGUCGUUGUGAAGAUCCUCAAGCCAGUGAAGAAAAAGAAGAUAAAACGCGAAGUUAAGAUUCUGGAGAAUCUGCGUGGUGGCACCAACAUCAUUAAUCUGAUUGACACUGUCAAGGAUCCAGUGUCAAAGACCCCUGCUCUGGUGUUUGAGUACAUCAAUAACACAGAUUUUAAGCAACUGUACCAGAUCCUGACAGACUUUGAUAUUCGGUUUUAUAUGUAUGAGCUGCUGAAGGCCCUGGAUUACUGUCAUAGCAUGGGGAUCAUGCACAGGGACGUCAAACCCCACAACGUCAUGAUAGACCACCAACAGAAAAAGCUGCGGCUCAUAGACUGGGGUCUGGCCGAAUUCUACCAUCCAGCUCAGGAAUACAAUGUACGUGUGGCCUCUAGGUACUUCAAAGGACCGGAGCUUCUUGUGGACUACCAAAUGUAUGACUACAGCUUAGACAUGUGGAGUUUAGGCUGUAUGCUGGCAAGCAUGAUCUUCCGAAAGGAGCCCUUCUUCCACGGCCAGGACAAUUAUGACCAACUGGUUCGCAUCGCAAAGGUCCUGGGCACAGAUGAGCUGUAUGGGUAUCUCAAGAAGUACCAUAUAGAACUGGACCCGCACUUCAAUGAUAUCCUGGGCCAGCAUUCGCGGAAGCGCUGGGAGAACUUCAUCCACAGUGAGAACAGACACCUGGUCAGUCCUGAAGUCCUAGACCUCCUGGACAAGCUCCUGCGAUAUGACCAUCAACAGAGGCUGACUGCCAAGGAGGCAAUGGAGCACCCCUAUUUCUAUCCAGUGGUGAAGGAGCAGUCCCAGCCCAGCUCAGAAAAUGCUGUGCUCUCCAGUGGCCUGACAACAGCGCGAUGAAGACUGGAAAACAACGGGUAAUUCAAGAUGUUUACAAAUAAAAGCAAAACCUUCGGUCACACAGUGAAGGGAAAAGAACCAAGGACCCCCCCCUCCUUCCCCUCCCCUUUAUACUCAGCAGAAAUCUAACCCUGGGGGGGUCAUAAACCUCAGUUCCUCUCUGGUGGUUGUGGUUAAUGUAACUCUAACCCUGUGGUACCAAAGCCCUGGGCAAAUGGUCUUGCAAGAGCUAAACGUGUAGUGAUAUCCCCAGGGCUCAACACAACUGAUUCUGGUUUGCAUUGUUACGGAUCCUUCUCUUCCUUCUCAGUCCAGCCUUCCCCACCAUGCUGGUGGGGACAAAUUGGUCGUUCCGCCGUCAGCCCUUAGCAUGCCUCUUUCUAAACAUGCCUUUCUGACUUGUAGACUCUGGAUGAACCAAAUUCAGGCUGGGGGUUAGCAGGUGCAACUCUGUUUUGAGAUCCAAGUCCUGCUGCUCACUCUGGGCUUGAAUUUGGCCCUUGAGUUCCAGUUUCAAUUACAGAUGCUGGGAGCGGUUGUGGGGAGGGGGGAGGUUCAACAAAAAACAGCCCAUAAACCCAGCAGUAUCAUGGGAUUGGUUUGGAGCAUUAAAAUGAAGGCACUGAUCCGAGUUGCUGGGGAGAGGUGAGAUUCCACCCUCUGGGUGUGUUUGACAAAGGCUCACUCUGAGAAGAAACUCAAUAGACCUGCUUUGAAAACCUGUGGAUACGAGGGCUGCUCUUGUGACAGGAGAGGGGAGGGACUAUCCAGACUUUCCCACCGAGCUCAGGAAAGUCAGUGUUGCAAGACUUCUUGUGAUAGGUGUGCAACCACGUACCUCAUGACGUGGCUCCCAUGAGAAUUCGUGCCAGACGCAGACUUGUGCCAGAGCACAGCUUUGGAGCGGUUCAAUCCAGCACCGCAGGAUGGAGGAGUGGAGAAGAGGCCAGGGAGGAGAGUGCGGGGAGGGGGAAGGAUCAGCAAACAGCAGCAUUGUCUGUUGGGGAGGGGGCUGUGCAGCUACUGAUCCAGGACUUGGGAUCCCACGUAGUGUUUUAACAAAGUCAGCCGUUUGUUGAAUUCUGGGGUGCUGAUCCUGUUGCGGGGGGUGGGGGGUUCGUCUUGUGGGUUCUUUCAUCAGAUCCCUCGAUGGCUUUAUAGCCCCACAAUUCACAGUUGCCUCCUCUACUUGUUCUGUGUGUAACUUCAUCAAGUGGUUCUGCUGACACUCAAACUUAGAAGCUGGAGAUAGUGUUUUCCCACCAGCACCUAAACACAGAAUUUCCUUCUGCGGCAUUGUUGAAAUAGUUAAUUUUUUAUAAGGUUGCAAUGUUUCUAUUUGAAACAUCUGUUUACAUUCCAUAUUCCAAUAAAGUUCUAUUGGCAUCGAUAGCAGGUCAAUCCAUUUGUAUAAUUCACUGAAACCAAUAAAUAUCUAUACGUCUGAAUGUCUGCCGUCUCAAAUCUAUGGGAUAGCCAGAAAAAGUCUGAAAAAGUCAAGAGCUGAAGGCAUUGUCUGCUUGAGGAGGCUGGCUCUUCCAGCACCUCUUGUCUGAGUAUUUUGGGAUCUUAGACUUUGGUUGCAGUUCAUGCUGUCAGGUCUGAGAAUUUCACUGUGGCAGAUUGUCUCCACUUCCACGGGGCCACAGAGGAGGUGUAAGGGUUUGGGUGCACAGCGUGGGAGUCAGCUGUUGUGGUACAUUGGACUCGCCCAGCCGGUGCCCGAGGUAGAGGUCUUGGUCUCUCUAUCUUACAUGGCUGAUCAGAGGAGAAGUCACUGAUGCGUGGCUGGGAGUUGGGGGUUCUCUGUGUGCAUGCCCCCACACUUGUCUCCUCUCAGCUGGGGCGGAUUGCUUUUUCUAAAGAUGUGCUGAGCAGGGAGUGGCUCUUCUUUCCAUCCGUGGAUGUGACCAGUGCAUGAGCUCAGUUGUCCGUGUCUGGGCUGAGCAGUCAUCUGUGGUGGUGUUGCCGUGCUACAGGGCCCUCACUAACAGUAACUCUCCUGCAGAUGCUGAGAAGGCUUUGGCAAGUGUUUCUGGCCCUUUGUCCUUCCAUCUUCCUGACCUACAGCCUGGUCUGAGAGGCCUGGAUGUCUCUUAUGCUCUUAAGCUGUGCUAAUACUAGUGGGGUUGGUGUGGGGUUUUAAUAUCAAUUUCUGAACUGAUUGGAAACAUAAUUGCUCCAUUGAGAAGAGGCAGGAGUGGAUGUUUCUCAUGGCCUAUCCAAGUUACUAUAGGGAAAACUUGCCUGUUUUCCAGCUCUUGAGUGUUGGCAUUCCCAGCUUCUGGAGAGCCAAGGCAGAAGAAGUGUGGAGGGGAAGACCAGUUCAGUGUGGGAACUUGAAUAAGUGAAAAAUGUUGAUUGUUGUAUUUGAGUACUUGACAGUGUCCAAACCUGCUGGUGGAGUUUGAAGGUGGUGCUUCAGGAAGUAUCAGUUCUAUAAACCUGAGUCAGAAUUCUUUCCUGGUACCCUCAAGCAGAGGAACAGAGAUGCUUUCACUUUCAAGCAAGUGAAGUGGCUUUCUGUGGUUGCUGUAACCAGAGAGGCUGGAACAACCUGCCCCGUAUUUCCCCACAUUCCUCCAGCUCUAGAGGAGGUUGAGCUGUGACAGUCAUCCCAGAGGGGAAACACGGCAGCCGAGCGUGUGUAGCCUGGCAGUGAGGAGGGUGUGGAGUCUCCUGAUCCUAGGGCAGUGUGGGUGCUUGGCUGCAGCUCAGGCCAGUUCCUCGCUGCACCCAUCAGCCCUUCCAGCACUCAGAAAACCUCUUCUCUCUUCUGGACCUUAGCACGGUGCCAUCCUGCCGGAAGGGACAGCCAGAAGCUGGAAAAGACAGUGUCUUGUCUGUAGGAAGUAAGGACGAUGGGGAACAUGCAUCUUCAUAUGCUUUCUCCUGGAGGAAGUAGGGAGAGUCCUGAUGCACAUCCUGGCCUUUCAGCUGGCCCGGUCCCAGUUUUUUAGCAGAGGAGCACAGGUUUGGUUAGAGGAAAGGCCAAAAUCCAGAGCCACGGCAGCCACUGAGGUAGGAGGGGGAUGUGGUAAGCAACUUCUCCAGCUUGUCCGUGCCUGUUGCAGGUGUGCUGUGGCAUGACAAGAGCCUUUAGCAGGACUAGAGGAGAUGUUUGCAGCAGUGAAGGGAGACUUAACACAGAAGGUGUGGAGAAAACAAGACAAACUUGUGUUUGGCUGCCAGUGAAAGCACUACUUGGCUGGCCUGCAUCUCUUCCUUGCCCUGCUCAGCCCUGCCUUCCCCGCUCACCCUGCCACUCUUUUUAAAGCAGGCUAAGGAUUCUCCCGCUGUCCCCACAUCCAGAGGGUGUGGCCAGGCCUGGCUGGGAGCAGGAUGGCAGGAUAUGGGGCAGCGUGUCCAGCCAUCUCCUUGUCACCUAGGGCCAGAGCAGCUCUGUGUCGAGCUGGCAGUGCCCCAUGACGCUCACUUCCCU